AUGUCUACUUCAUCCUCGGCGACGUCGACGUCGAGCUCGAGCUCAAGCUCAGCAUCGCCAACCGUCAAUCCCCAGACCAACUCGACCAUCACCGAUCCCAACGAUCCCAGUGUGGGCAGCGCCCUUCAGCAGUCGGGCAUCAGUCUCGUCGCUUUCGCCACAGCCCUGGUGGCUUCGUUUGUCAUUUUCGGCGUACAGAUGAGCUUCUUCCUGCUCCUUCGAAAUAUUCUGCCAAGAAUAUAUAAACCCAAGACGUAUUUGGUGCCAGAACGAGAAACCACUCAGUCGCCGCCCUCGAGCAACUGGGCCCUGGUCUUUGCGCUUAUGAAGUUCGAAGAUCGAGAGGUCAUCAAAAAGUGCGGGCUCGACGCCUACUUCUUUUUGCGCUAUCUGAAAACACUCUUGGUCAUCUUCGUUCCUAUAGCCUUCGUCGUAAUACCCAUACUGGUGCCCCUCAACUUUAUCGGCGGGCUGGGGCAAGACGUUAUCGACAACAGCACCGCCAUCAACAAGACCACAGCUGUUGGCGCCUACGUCGCAAACGUUCCCAAGGGACUCGACACUCUGGCCUGGGGCAACAUUUCGCCAAAGAACCAGUUUCGCCGCUGGGCGCACCUCGGUCUGGCGCUGUGCGUCAUCUUUUGGGUCUGCUUCGUUUUCUUUGUCGAACUGCGCGUCUACAUCAAGAUCCGCCAGGACUACCUGACAAGCCCCGAACAUCGGCUGCGAGCGUCGGCCAACACGGUGCUUCUGACCUCAAUCCCCGACAAAUGGUGCACUGAUGAGGCCCUGAGAGGUCUGUUUGACGUGUUCCCGGGCGGUAUCGAGAACAUAUGGCUGGCGCGAGAUUACGGGCCACUUCUCGAAAAAAUCCGCGAACGUGAACUCAUCCACCAGCAGUUGGAGGAGGCUGAGACGGAGCUGAUCCGCGCCGCCAAAAGGGCCCAUAUCAAGCAAGAAGAGGCCACUGCUCAUGCGGGCGAGUCCAAGGACCAGAAACUAAAGCGAGAGAGAGCCGAGGACGAGCAAGCCGGCGCACUCGCAAGACAAUCGGAGGGCCUAAGCGCUGGGGACCAUGAAGAGGUACCCCAUCUCAGGGAAAGGGCCAAGGCGAACGCCGCCCUCGUUGCUGCUCAAAAAACCAGGGGCGCCUUCAAAGGAGUCAGGGGAAAUAUACAGGCCGCCGGUACAAGCCGCUCUUUCCAAGCUGCCGACCAAAGCGUCAGAAGAAACGGUUCUAAUGCCAGUAGCCGCAGUGGCUCGACGGCCCAAACUCUCGACGAGAAGACGGGAUACGGCACUAGCUGGGGCAACACCACCCGCAAGGUCUCCAGCAUGGAGGAAAUGAUCAACCCGAAAAAGACCAGGUGGUUUCAGUUCUGGCGGGCUCCUACGGGCAGCUUGCUGCCCCCGAAACCCCAGGAGAAAGAGGUAGACCCAGAAGAGGUUGCGGCCGAGGCUGCGGAGAAGGGGAAGAAGGUCGAGUAUCCAGAGGCCACCACGGUCGACUGGAAGACGAUCAAUGAGGACAGCGGGCCCAACCGUGCAGCGUGGGCCGAGUUUCUCAAGCCAAGCGACCGGCCAACCCACGGGAUCCCGCUCGUACCCUUUCUCCCGGCCCUGCCUUUCCUCAGCAAGAGCGUCGACACGAUUUACUACUGCCGCGCCGAGCUGGCCAGGCUCAACUUGGAAAUCGAAGAAGACCAAAAGCACGAGUACCGUUUCCCGAAGCUGAAUACGGCCUUCAUCCAGUUCCGUCACCAGGUUGCCGCUCACAUGGCCUGCCAAGCCGUUACGCACCAUUUACCGGGCCACAUGGCGCCCCGGAUGCUCGAGAUCUCGCCCAACGAUGUCAUCUGGGACAACAUGAGCAUCAAGUGGUGGGAUGGAUGGACGAGGCGCAUAAUUGUCUUCGCCAUGGUCGGCGCCAUGAUCAUUCUCUGGGCCUUCCCCGUCGCCUGGACUGCGUCCUUGUCCAACUUCGACGCCCUGGUCAAGAAGUACAGCUGGCUCCACUUCCUCGAGGCCAACAAAGCCGUCGCCAACGCUGCCAAGGCCGUCGCCGGUGUCUUGCCGGCCAUCAUCCUCGCCAUCCUGCUUGCCCUCGUGCCCCAGCUUCUCGACUUCUUGGCCGGAUUCCAGGGAUCCAAGACGGGCUCUCAAAAGUCGGAAGUCGUCCAGGUCUAUUACUUCAUCUUCUUGUUUGUCCAGGUCUUCUUGGUUGUGUCCAUUACUACCGGUACCUUCCAGACGAUUGCCAAUGUCGGAACCAAUCUCACCAGCACGCCUACCAUCCUAGCCGUCAACCUGCCCAAGGCUGCCAACUACUUCUUCUCCUACAUGAUACUGCAGGCCUUGUCGACGAGCUCGGGUACCUUGCUUCAGAUUGGAACCCUGGUCGUCUAUUUCGUCAUUUCGAGGCUCUCGGACAGCACGGCCAGAGCCAAGUGGCAGCGCCAGACCAACCUUCCUUCGGUCACCUGGGGCUCGUUCUUCCCCGUCUACACCAACUUUGCCUGCAUCGGCCUGAUUUACUCCAUCGUCGCCCCCAUCAUCUCCAUCUUUGCCAUCAUCACGUUCAGCCUGCUCUGGGUCGCCAACCGUUACAACAUGCUCUAUGUCACGCGGUUCCGGACCGACACAGGCGGCGUCCUCUACCCGCGAGCUAUCAACCAGACCUUUACCGGCCUCUACGUCAUGGAACUGUGCCUCAUCGGCCUGUUUUCCCUGGCCCAGGAUGAGGAAGGCAGGAACGCGUGCCUCCCGCAAGCCUUCAUCAUGCUCGGCGCCCUCAUCUUCACCGCCAUAUACCAGUACCUGCUCAACACUGCCUUCGGUCCUCUCUUUCUUUACCUCCCCGUCACUGUCGAAGACGAAGCUGAGCUCCGUGGAAAUAUGUUUCAAGAAGAACAAGACAAGCAAAUUCAACGGGGGCAACAAGAGCUUCUAGACAGAAAAGUCAGACGAGAAAAAGGUGACGACGGCAGGGACCAAUUUGGUAAAAUAGCCCGAAGUGAUACCCUGGACACGCUGGGCUCUGUUGCCGACGACCCAGACAGCUCUCAAGUGGCCGAGUACAUGCGGAAACAGAAAAAGAGAAACGGAGAAAAGAAGCGCAAGUACAUAGAACUCGAGGCACAGCAGGCCAUCGGAAAGGCACUCUGGGGAGGCUUCGCCGAUGAAAUCGAGGACCUGCUGCCCGCUGAGCGCGCAGUCCUCGUCCGCGAGGCGUUCAAGCACUCGGCACUGCGCGCGCGCCGACCCACCGUCUGGAUACCGCGGGACGACCUUGGAGUCAGCGACGACGAGAUUCGGCGCACGAGGGACUUUAGCAAGCAUAUCUGGAUCACUAACAAGGGUACAGCGCUUGACAGUAAGGCCCGCGUCGUCUAUGGCUGCAAUCCGCCCGACUUCUCCGAGGCCGAUAUUAUCCUUCUCUAA